CUCUUAUAUGAUGCUUUUCCACCGUCAGUCACCAGUCCUACAGAAAAACCGGGUGGACAUGGCCUUAGACAAGGAGGACAGAGCCCCAUGGGACUCUUAACUAUCUUAUUAACAGCUGUUUCUUUAUGUGAUGAUGAAGGCUACAUGGAACGAGGGUGAGAUGCACUGAGCACCACGAUGAACUGCACGGACCAGAGUGAUAAGGAGAAGCUUAUCGUCUUCAUCACCCUGCCACUGUCCACCAUUAUCAUCCUCACCAACCUCAUCAUCAUCGUGGGUAUUGCCUGCAACAGACAGCUCCACAACACGCCCAACUACUUCUUCCUGAGCCUGCUGGUGGCAGAUCUUUGCACGGGCCUUGCUCUGCCCUUCAUCCCUCGCAUGGGUCUCAACCGAUCGCUACACUUUUGGUCCUGCCUGCUCGUACACAUCUUCCCCAAUUUCCUCUUCCUGUCCUUCCUUUUCAACCUGGUCAUGGUGCACUAUGAGCGGUAUCUGUGUAUAGUCCGUCCGCUGCACUACAGCCAGUUUUGGGUGCACCGCUGCUUUCCGGCUGCACUUUUAGCCGUAUGGAUUCCUCCUCUCCUCUAUGCUAGUUUACCCGCCUUUGGAUGGAACAACUGGACAGAGAAACAACUUAACCUCAGCUUGGAUGCUAAUAUGUGUAAUGUUCAUCUGCAUGAAAAUGAAUCCGCUAGAAGUGGACAUAACUGUUCAGGAAGGACACUUGAUGAUGAUUAUUGUUCCUACAAACAAAUUUUUCCCAUACCCUUUAUCUACUUGGAAGUCUACGGGCUGCUCCUGCCUGCCAUCUUGUCCAUCGUGGUCAUGACAGGCCGAGUUCUCUGGAUUACUCGAAAGCAACUGCGUGAAAUUUGUAAGCUUAAUCGAUCUGUGGAACGCAGUGCGACCUCAGAACACGAACAUCGCCUCAAUCUGCGCUACGCAAAGUGCGUCGCUGCUGUCUCGGUCACCUUCCUGGUCUGCUGGGUGCCCUACAUCAUCUACCUGCAGAUUUCUGUCAUGUUGCUUCAAGAAGGUGUGAGGAGAAACUCCUCCCUCAAUAUCAUCCUCUCGUGCACUGGAAUCGGCAGCAUGGCCAUCAUACCCAUCAUACUCAGUCUCACCAACAGGCAGUACACAGAGCCAGUAUGCAAUAUGCUGAUUAAAAUCAGGACUCGUUGUACGAGAAUACAGGAUUUAGGAGAUCCUCCAUGAAAAAUGUACUAUUCUUUUUGAACAGCAUUAUCACAAAUGUCUUCUUUUAUGAGUGUGUAGCAGGAGGCCAGAUUUUGGUAGCUGAAUCAGUAUCUUUACUGAUUCGUCCUGUUUUAUUUCCUUGUCAGGUUGUUAAGUAGCUAGUAUGAUAACGUUCUGCUGCAUUCCAGUACUGGUUUCAAAGUUCCCUUGUUGAAAACUUUUAGUUUCCUUAAUGGUUUCCAUUCAUGAUGUAUGACUUGGGUUUAAUGAUUUGCAAGAAUCCAAUCUUUUUUUGUUUUAAUUACAGAGCCAAAUACACUUCUGUUCAAAAAAAAAGCAACCUUCGGCACACUAUUUUUUCUAUAAACUUAUUCUACAUUAUUGAGUCAGUACAAAAAUGUUAGAUAUCCAAACAUUAGUUUUCCAACACAAAAUUGAAUGUUACAGAAAAAAAAAUGUUUGUACUGUAUGCCAGUAAAGAAAUCAACAUAUUAUGUUAGAUAUACAGUGGCAUGCAAAAGU